AAACAGUGACGUAACACGAGGGGCGUAGCCCCCCUCCAUCCCUGCUAUCUCCAAAACCGAGCCUGGGGGAGGGAGGACGAGGUUAGAGGUGUCAGUACCCUCCCCGCUCCCCGUAGGGGUGCAGGUUCAGAAAACGCCCUGGCGGCUCCCUCGGGCUAGCUGCUCCGCGGGGUGCGCGCACCCCACCUUGCCCUCGCGAUCUGGCGGAGGUGGGGGGAGUCUGGGGUGCACGGGCCUCGAUCUCUGAGCGCUCGCCACUUUCUGCACCGCCCCGGGAGCGCGCUCGGGCCCACCGCUCCCCAGGCAGCCCCCCACCUCCGCGGCCGGGGGGCGCGCGGGGCGCGGAGCUGUCGGAGGCGCGCAGUGCCCGCGGAGUGCGGUGGGGAAAAUGAAGUCAAAGAUAGCAGAGCUAAAGCGGUGGCUGAAGUGUGUCCCAUGGGGCUGGCUGGCUGGAGUCCACUCUGCUAGUCCACAUUGAACAUGGGGAGAUGCAGGUAACAUGCUGGUCCCCAUGACACAAAGCAGGUGCCGGGGCAGCCCGGGUUCUCGCUGAGUCCAGUAAGGAGCUCAAACCCACAGCUCUGUGUGGACUCUCAGCCUCUCCCCCACUGGCCAGUGUGCCAGGUUUCUGGAUUAUACAGAAAAACAAAACAAGAAAAUAAAAGCAAAGUUCCCAAAAAGAGUUGCUGUCUUUAAUCUGUUUCCUAGGGACAGUGUAUUGUCACCGUUCCCUAAAAUAAAUUGUAAUCCCCUCAAAAAAGAAUCUCAUCAUCUGAAUAAAAAACAGUCAUGCUUGCUGGGCGUCAUGCUAAGCACCUGUGGUCCCACCUAUGGGAGGGAAGCAGGAGAAUCUUUUGAGACUAACCUAGGAAAAAUAUCAAGACCCUAUCUGAAAACAAAAACUGCCAUUCCCAAGAAAGGCGCCAUUAUUAACUUCACAAUGAGAAAUAGAUAUUUUCUGUCUUUAGGAUUUCUUUGUGUGUGCGCUGUGUGCAGGUGACAAUGUCACUUCGGGCAGGCUGCCCUGAGUCCCCCUGAAUCAUUUGAGAGCAGAACCAGAAGAAAUGGGCUUUAGAGUGGUGCGUGGUGGCUCAUAGCUGUAAGCCCAGAACUCUGAGAGCCAGGAGGAUGGAAAAGUUGAGCCCAGACCAAGCCACUCAGUGACUUGAAGCCUGUCUCAAAAAACAAAAGAGAGGUGGAGGUAUGAAGUCCCCGAGUUCAAUUCCCGAUUUUUAAAGUAUAGGAGGGAACCAGAUUACAGUCAGGAAAGAACUCCGGGCAUCUUUAAAGAAUCAGUGCCACGGAUGGUGGCCUGACAGUGCCAUCUCCCUCUGGAGGACACCUCAGUGACCUUGUGCAGAGGAUCCAUUUGCAGAUCUGCCAGGGCAGUAUUUCAUCCUAAAGUGACAGUUGCUAUGGGCAGCUGCCUCCUCCUGGGUGUGGUCUCACCUGCCUGCUCCUGGCACAGCCAUGGAAGCUUCUGGACUGUGGGCUGGCAGUGUUUUCCGAUUCCAGAAAUCUCAAGCCGCCUCCUGCCAGUGGGGAUGCUGGGAAAUGGCACUCCCAGUCAGGCCCCCGUGUCUGGGUGGGGUGAGGACACCCACAUCUUCAUCCUGGGGCUUCGGAAGACAAUGUCUGAAUCUCUUCUGAUGCAAAAACUGAGGUCAGGGCCGGGCAGUUCCUUCCCUCUCUCGGGCCCCUCCGAUGGACUGAUGGCCGUACCCCAGACUUCCUCCCGGGAAGCCCAGGCCUGGGAAAGCCGGUGGGCGGCUGCUGCCCUCUAACCGAGGAAAGCACGGGCUCUGUAGCUGCCAGCCUGGCUGCUCUGAGUGGGCUCCCAGGAAAGAUGCGAAGGGCUCUCCUGUCUUGUUUUUGGUGGUGCAGGGGGUUGAACCCACGGCCUCGCACCUGCUGGGUCUUUUAUGUCCCUAGGGUGUCCCACUUCGUCCUCAGAGCUCCCAAAACUGAAGCCUCGGUCACCUCCAGCGCUCCUCCCUGGCGGCCACCCUCUGUCCUAUUAUCUUUCCCACUUUCCUUUGUUGCCCAGGUUCCAAUUCUGGUACCAUGGCUCCUGGUGCUGCCAGAAUUCUGGUUCUGGAAGGCUUCUCCCCAAGCAAUGGGCCUAGCUCCCACCUGGGCACGGGCAGCACUGAAGACAUGGGCAGGAGCAUACCCGAGUGCCUGAGGGAGCUGGACAUCCGCAAAAGUGUGGUGGGCCUGGCGACGGGCGCCGGGGCCCUCUACCUGCUCUACAAGGCCGUCAGGGCCGGCAUCCAAUGCAAACCGCCCCUCUGCACCACCUCGCCCAUCUGCAUCGCCCGUGAGUGUGCGGGCCCUGGGGAGAGGGCUGUGCCCCCGGAGGCAGCUGCGCCCGAGGCCACCCCUGAGGGAAAGCCCGAAGGCCUGGCCAUCGAGCGAGAGCGCCACGGGAGGGACUCAGGGGAGCUUCGGAGACUCCUCAACUCCCUGGAGUGCAAGCAGGACGCCUACAACAGGAGCAUGAUCUUGCACAGCAUCACACGCUGUGUGUACUUGCUGGAGGCCGAGGCCUCCGCUUGUAGCACCGAUGACAUCAGAUUGUUGGGUGACAUGCUGGAUGACGACAACAAAAGUGUCAAAAUCCAAGCUCUGAACGCACUAAAAGCUUUCUCUGGCAUCCGGAAAUUCAGGCUCAAAAUCCAGGAGCACACCAUCAAGGUUCUGGAACUGAUCUCCACCAUCUGGGACACGGAGCUGCACGUCGCGGGCCUCAGGCUCCUCAACAACCUCCCGCUGCCCGACUUCGUGCACCCGCAGCUGCGGAGGGUGAUGCCGUCCCUGAUGGAGAUCGUGCAGUCAGACCACAUCCUGUCCCAGGUCCAGGCCUUACGCCUGAUGAGCUACCUGGCACAGAAGAACGAUCUUCUCUAUGACAUUCUGAACUGCCAGGUACACCCCAACUUCCUGAACCUGUUCCAGGCCACACAGCCAGGAAGUCUACUGUUGGAGGUCCUGGUGUUUGCUGAGCGGCUGAGUGAGGGCCGGAACUCACCCCACUACCGAGCCGUGAAAUGGCAUUACAACGAACAGUCCCUGCACGAGGCCCUCUUUGGGGACGAUUCACGGCUGGCAGACCGGCUGCUUGCCCUGGUGAUCCACCCCGAGGAGGACGUCCAGAUCCAGGCCUGCAAGCGUGCCUUAGGUAUUUUGUUCUGCUUGUAAAAGGCUGAGCAAUUACAGUAGAUUUGGGGAUCAACCGGUGAAGAAAAUCAACAAGAGCUGGGCGUGGUGGCUGAUAUCCAUCUGUCAUCCCAGUGCUCUGGAGGCUGAGGCAGGAAGAUCGCCCUGAGUUUGAGACCAGUCUGGGCUGUAAGGUAAGCUCAAGGCCAGCCUGAACUGCAUAGAGAGACUCUGCCUCAAAAAGAUCAAAACAAAACAAAAGAUGUAUCAAAUUCCCCGUGAUGAAUGUGAUCACUGUGUAUCCUAAACUAUAGCAAUAAACUUAAUUUUUAAAAAAAAGUGAGA